AUGGCAGCGACGAGGGUGCUGGUGCUGCUGCUGCUGCUCAUGGCGGGGCCGCGAGGUCAUGGCGGCGACGUGACUGAGCUGACGAGAUCAUGGGCCGAACAAGAUGCGCUGGCCAUGGCAGAGGAAGCGAAGGGAGCAGGAAAUCAGAGGGCAUCGGGGACUCUCUUGCUGACGAUGCUGAUCAAGAACGAAGAGUUUCACCUACAGCGAUCGCUUCCUCUAUGGGCUCCCAUCAUCGACUUCUGGGUGAUCGGGAUAGGUGCAACCGAUGCUCUCCUCCGCUACGUGAGGCUGGUGGAGCACGGGCUCAAGACCUUUCCUCAAGCAACGCACGGGAUCCUCGCAGACGCUGACUUCACUCCUCUCCCUCAGACCCUCGACAAGGCCCAGCUCGACUCCUCCUGCUCCAAGCUGAGCUUCUCCAUCCUAGAGGCUGACGGAGCGGGCACGAGAGCCAUCGACUGGAUCUACAGGAACAUCCCAGGGGACAGAGCGGGGAACAAGUCAGGGCGAUACAUCGAGUGGCUGCUCAAGGACCUGGAGGUUUUUGUUCGGGCCGGGAGCUUGGCAUGUGCGUCAGUCAUUGUACUACUACAAGUGGGUGGCGGUCAAGGAUUGGUAGAGAAGCGCCUCAUCUCGCUUCUUGUAAGUUGGGAUACUGCAGAACUUCCAGGCUUCGGUCCUGGACAGAACCUUGACGAGGAAAGAUACUGGGCGAUGCUAAAGACUGCAGAGAUCUGCGAAAGAUACUUGUUCGAUUUUGAUUGCGCACUGAAGUAUUGGCACAAGGCUUGGGAUCUUGAUCCUCCUCGAGCAGACGCUGUCUUUUACAUCGGUCAACAUUACCGGCUGCAGCGAGACGGAGGGAGAGCCGUCAAGUACUUGAGAAAGACCAUCAAGCUCCUCAUGCCCAGACGAGCGCAUCACCAGUGGCCCUACCUCUACUCCUGCCUCCGCCACCUCGAGCUCGUGCGAGCUGCGUCCUCCCUCACCCGGCCACAGAUCGACGAUUGA